AUGUCGUUUGUAUUGACUGAUCCCAAAACUGCGUCUGGCUUUAAAUGGGAUGACGAGGUAUGUGAAUUUUUCUCGACCAUCAAAUACCUUGGAGGUGAAAGAACAAGAAAGUUCGUCCGAGGGCCAGGCUUCUUCAGAACAGGGAGAGGCGGAGAAAAAGAAUUCAAAUCGUUCGCGGAUUUUAACUUGUGUGGCCCCUCCUUAAACGCGACAAAACGAUGCCAAUCAGGCUACACAACAGAAAGUGGAAUGAUUAAGACUCAUUUGCAGUCACUCCAUUCCCUGUGUCAACAUCCAAAAGCAGAUCUACAUGCGAUUGUUGAUAACGAGAAGGUUCGCGCCAUCCCAGUAGCUUUAGCAAGUGACGGCACGGCUCUGAAGCCAGGUCUAGAAUACGACUCACGUCAAAAACAAGUAAUUGGUCUUACACAUAAAGUGGACGAGAAAUUCGUGAAAAAGCAUCCUCUUCCAGACCCUGAAAAGAUAAAGACCAAUCUAAUCACCAACGCAGACGUAACAAUUGCGACCUCGCUUGAUAACGGUGCUGCGAUGCCCGUGGCGGUUAACUUCCGACCCAAAUCUGUGACUGGAGAAGAAAUAUUUUCUUGCAUGGAAGAUAGUAUUAGAACCGUACAAACCUUUCAAAAUUGCUUGAAAGGUCAGCGAAGUGUUAAACACAUUGUGACGAGUGAGGCCUCAAAUUGUUUAGCAAUGAGCAAAUGCGAAGAGUGCCUAAAAGCAAAAUCGGUCUGUGCAAGCUGCAAGAACAUGGGACAAGUUUCUCACCACUCUUCUUUAAGGGCAUGUGAUUCUUGCUCAGAUAGAAACGUGACGUGCCAAAAGCUAGUUGUUAUGGCAGUAGCAACCGACUGCGAGGAGUGCAAGAAGGCACUUGUUCGCUUAAGUGACAUGGCAGAUGGCAAGGAACUGCCACCAGAAUUAGAAUUGGUAGUUCCCUUGCCAGAUGUCGUUCAUAUUGGAAAAAGCUUUAAGUGUAGCUGGUCGAACUGGUUUAUCAAUUUAGACGGUGAAUUUAGCAAUCUUGUGUUGCUUCGAAGCUUACGUGACAAUGCGGAGGCGUUUAUCAAAAAGAAGCUUCGAAAGUUGCUUUCACUUGAAUGUGUUAGGAAUAAAGACAGAAUGGCUGUCGAAUCCAUUAUUCGUUUAACACGACCAGAAGUUCUCAGUGCUGCAGGACGUUAAGUUCGUUGUUCAUACCAUCGUACCAGAACAAUACAGGUUUUGGAAAAGUAACCAACGUGGUGUAUGCCCUCACCCGAUCGCAGUUUCUGAAGGCCCAACAGGCUCGAUCCUUGCGCUUGAUUACAACUUUGAGACAGGUUUAUCAAGACUCCUAACAAUAAGAUUGCACCAGCCAGCAGAUGUCUCUGUUGUGCGAGAUGGACUGAAGGAUGCUAGGAACUUGUGCUUCAUCGAUGGGAUUGCAUUCUUGUGCGAAAGGGGAAAAUCUACAAUUUCUUUUGUCGACUUCGAGGGAAAAGUGAAGAUAAGUACAAAGUCACUCAAGCGACGAGCUGAACUUUUGAGGCACUUAGAGGCACUAUCUCUCCCAACGGAUGGAGCGGUUCCCGUUUUGCGCGAAAGACUUAAGGACCAAUUGGGUGCCAUUUCUAAGAACACGGACUGUGCAGAACACGUCCAGAUGCAUCCUAAUCGUCUUGGUAAGCCUUCUGCUGUCUAUGCUGCAAGCAAUGAUUUGUUAUUUUGUAGUGAUGACGAGAGUCAAUAUGUCUAUCAGAUAACAUUGACAUUUGAUGGAGUGACCAUUCACGGCAAUGCUACGAAAUUCACUGCCUAUCCAUCCAGCAUCACAAAUCUUUUGUCUAUUACUCCACUUGACCAAUGCGCAUUCUUCUCAGGAGCCUCGAGCCAAGGUGGGCUUUAUAAAUGUGAACUUAGCGCAAAGACAGUGACCAAAGCUGUAUGCAACUCGACUCUUCCUUGCUCUGAGGUAAACCAAGUAUGCACCUUGAACGGGAGGGUAGUUUACACGAAUACAAAGGCGGGAAAGGUUAUACAAUACAACCCUGAUGAUAAAUCGGUUAGGAAUUUGGUAGGAAGUGGCCACAACAGUUCUUCCGAUGGGACACAAGACUCAUGCUCAUUCAAACAAAUCGAAGGGAUAUGCUCUGUAGACAAGAACUUGUUUGUUACAGAUGUUUCCGCUGGAAAACUGAAGAUAGUGACGAGCCUCUCAGAAACGGUAUUUUUUCUGGGGAUUCUCGGCUCCCUUUACGAUACCUUUGGAAUUCAUUCUAAGGGUAUAAAACCAGACGGAGUGUCCUUGAAACAAGCAAAAGAGAACGUGACAAAGAUUGUCAGCUAUGUAAAAGACACUGUGAGUAAGGUGAAAGAACGCUACCAGUUGAGCGAGACGUCUGCAACCAAUGGUCCACAGGGAAUUGUAUCAUAG